AUGGCUGCUGGAACACCUGUUGUUUUGACUAGUGAUCCUUCGAGUGUAUAUUUCAUUCAUCCUUCUGAAAAUCCUACUAAUUCACUUGUUACUGAGAAAUUUGCUGGAAAUUGUUAUAAUGAAUGGAAACUGGGUAUGACUAUUGCUUUGUCUGCUAAAAACAAAUUGUGUUUUGUUGAUGGAAGUCUAUCUAGACCUAUUUCUGGAUCUGAGAUCCAUGCAUGGGAUAGAUGCAAUGCUAUGAUUACUAGCUAUAUUUUGCAUUCAAUCGAUCAUAAUAUAGCUCGGAGUGUACUGUAUUUUACUUCUGCAAGAGAAAUCUGGAAGGACUUGGAGGAUAGAUAUUCUCAAAGUUCUAGUCCUCAAUUGUAUAAUCUACAGCAGAAUUUACAUGAUCUUUCUCAAGGUUCAACUCCUAUAGCAGAAUUUUUCACCAAAAUUAAAGCAAUUUGGGAUGAGAUUAAUGGUGUUAAUCCUAUUCCAGUUUGCUCAUGUACUGGUUGUACUUGUGGUAUUUCUCAGAAAAUCAUUCAACGGUAG